UCUUGACGUAGGAUUUAACCAACCAAACUAGGGAGAAUUGCCCUAGUAACCGCAUAGAGUUUUGAUCGAUUGGACAGGGCAGUUGGUGUGUUGCGUUGACGAUCCUGUCAGUCACAAAUUGCGAGUGGAAGAUGGCCGACACUGCCAGCGACCCAACAGCCGAUCGCUGCAAGUUGAACGCAACGCUCAGCUCAUCUGUCCAUGACAAAACUGAACUUUUAAGUUUCUAUCAACAAUGGAGUGACAAAUACGAUGAGGAUUUCCGACCGGAGCAUUACGUCGGACCGCGAUUGGCCGUCGAGGCCGUUUGUGAGCUCAUUCCCAAUGAAAAACGUUCUCAAGUCACCGUGCUGGACGUGGCUGCCGGCACUGGACUGGUCGGCUUAGAGUUAGCCAAGAACGGUUUCAACUCGAUCGACGCUAUCGACGGUUCGGAAGACAUGCUCACUAAACUUCGCCAAAAAGGAAUCUACAAACGUGCAACACAGGCAAUGCUGGGCAAUGCCGACAACGAAUCUCUGCCAAAGGACGAAUACGAUGUUGUAACGAGCUGUGGUGGGUUCGUUCCGGGCCAUUUGCCCUGCCAGGCCGUGCACGAUCUCGUUCGGAUGUGCAAACCAGGCGGUCUGAUCGUCAUCGUCAUGCGCUACGAGUAUCUGACAACGUGCGAGGAGCUGCGUCCGCUCGAGCCGCUGAUGGACGAGCUGGAAGCCAAGAACCCGAGCCGUUGGAGCCGACUCAAACGUCACAUCAGUCCAAACUACUUGCUGGACAAGGAAGGCAUUGUCUUCGCCUAUCGCAAAUCUUUGUGAAACAAAAAAUAAAGAAAAGGUGAAGAAAAAUAAUCAAAAUUUGAUUGCGA